CCUUUUAACUCUUUACGGUGGCUAAUUUACGUUUUCAACUCAGUUGUUAACACUUAAUUACGUCUUUAAUUCGGACGAAUCUUCCGACAAGUUCGGUACUGUUUGAUAAAGGAUCGUGUUCACGAGACUGCAAUGAGCCUAUCAGAAGGUUAUGUUAACGUUCGUCUCUACGUUGGCCUGGAGGCAGUCAUCUCGGUUCUGUCAUAUCAGGCCGAUCAAACAUGCCACUUCUAAUGUCUUGUCUACAAAAACAAGUUCAGUAACAGGCAGAAUUUUUGAGCGAAUUCCUAAAGAGGAGCUGGCACCGACAACCAGACCACGGGUGCGAAACAGGGAGUUUCUCCCAGGCUCGACGGGUGACGGAUUCCCAGAGUACUUGGCAGAGCCAAGUGACUCUUUCCCGCACGGAGUGCGCGUCAAAACUAGAGAUCAGUCCUCACUCUCAGAAAUGGGUGCAAAUUGCAUGGAGUACAUAAAGAAGAACCUUACCGAUAGGCAGGCGAUAUUGUUCCGCGGAAUUCCAGCUGAUACAGCAGAGGAAUUCUUGGCCUUAACCCAAGGAAUGCGAGGCAAGCCUCUGAGCUACGAGGGUGGUGCUGUACCCAGACCCAAGGAAUUGAAAAAUUCUGACAUCUACUUUUCCAGUGCUGAACCUGGAGCGUACACCAUCGAGUUACACAAUGAAAUGCCAUAUCUCAAGACUUUCCCCAGGAAGAUUUUCUUUUUCUGCCUAAAAGAGCCUGGCGAGAGUUGUGGUGGCGAGACUCCUUUGGCUAAAUGCAGCGACAUUGUAUCCAAACUUGAUCCCGAAGUCGUAAAAAAGUUCGAGGCAAAAGGAGUCAUGUAUGUACGACAUCUGCCGGAUAAAUCACGGUCAGACUACAUGCCCUGGCAGCAUCAGUUUUACACUGAAGACAGAAAGGCAGCAGAAAUAAGAGCACAGCAGCGAGGUAACACUGUAAGAUGGGACGAUAACGGUGAUAUGUACCUGACUUACACCGCGCCGGCCUUUCUUUCUCAUCCAGUAACAGGAGAAAAAAUCUGGUUCAACCAAGUAACAAGUUCCCACUGUACUUACUCGAAAGCACUGCCACAGUACAAAGAUUCUCAUCUCCCGGAUGAGAAAUAUCCCCAUAACACCUAUUAUGGAGACGGAAGUGACAUCGAACCGGAAGUGUUGCAACACCUCAGAGCAGUUUCAUGGUCAUGCGCAGUUGGGUUCCGAUGGAAGAAGGGUGAUUUAAUAGCGCUUGAUAAUCUGAACGUUCAGCAUGGACGAAUGGCCUUCACGGGAGAGAGAAAAUUACUGGUGCAUAUGACGGCAGAUUAAACCUGAACCUGAAUUUGUAUUCUAAAGCUAAGAAAAGUAAUUUUCGCAUAUUAUUAUGUAACAUUUUUGUUAUGAUGUACUCAGCUUAUCUUGACGUCCUAGAAUCUAGAGGGAAAGUUUGAUAGCCACGAAAUUUUUUUCCCUCUGAAAUUUUUCGCAGAAAACAGCUUUAUUUUGCUUUGCUAGAUGAGCACAAUAAUUAUAAAGAUCCGCCCAGGGUAAACUUUGCAACCACAUUGUGUCUUUUUGACUUGCAAAUGUUUCUCAGCUGUCAAACUCAAGUGUUCUGAAACAGGUUAUAUAUUAAUGAGGCGCCCAGCCGUCUGAAGACACGUACAGUGGUCUGCUUUUCUGCUUUUAUUUUAAACAGAGUAGUUACAUCAAGGUACUACUAGAAAUUCCAGUUUUCCUUAAAACUUUCUCACCUUCAGAAGUCAUUUAUAGGUAAUAUCACUACACAAAAAGUAAUAAGGAUAGAGUAAA